UCUUUGCCUAGGUGUUUUUUUUUUUUGUUUUUUUUUUACACGCAGCUGUAUACUGAGACACAGCUAUGGAUUCAUUUACAUAAUACAAUUUUCUGAAGCUCCAAGGUUGACUCAGAGAGCUCCAGCACACCACCACUCUGUCCAAUUGUUACAUUUCAACCGCUAAGAUCUGAACAAGGGAAUUGGUGUGGUUUGCCUUCCAAAAGGAGAAAAAAAGCCCUCCGGCUACAUGGGCAGAUCUACUUGAGAAACCAAACAAAUAGGAGGGAAGAGGAUUCUUUGUCUAAGGAUCUGAGAUUUUAUCUUAUUUACAGAGGAAGAAACUGACUUGAGUGUGCAGUGUGAUGGCCAGAGGCUCAGUGCUGCAGUGCAACAAGCAGGCUGCCAGCCCCUGCUUCCAACCUCCAUGUGGAAGCUCCAUUCCCUAAUUCUUUCUCUCACAGCAGAUCGGCUUCAGUCCGUGGGACUUUAAUCAGGAUUUUGAACUAUUUUCUUCUGGUUUCACUCUCCGGAAAGAAGGAUUCUCUGAGCUCUGAUGUUCACUCCAGGACAGUGCGAAAUAAAACUUAGCUCUAUUUUAUCCUGGAAUCUCCUUUCAUAAGAAUUGUGUGGGAGAGAAACUGAAGACAGCCCUGAACGGCUUCCCAAACUACUGUAUAAAGAAAGCUGGUUUAUAUCGGUCAGAUGUUGCUGUUUUCCCUUAUCAAAGGUCUAUGGAAAUGCAGGAUCUAGCUAGUCCUCAUAGUCGACUUAGUGGCAGCAGUGAUUCUCCCAGUGGGACAAGCCUUGAUAACUCACACAUAAACAACAAUUCCAUGACACCAAAUGGCACAGAAGGGGACAGCAUGACUCUUCUGAACACUGCAGACUGGUUACUAGGGGCUAGUGCACAGACCACUGCAGUUAAAACAGAGCCAAUGAGCAGCAGUGACAUCACUGCAACAACGGCAGACGAAUCUUUAGACAACUACUCAGGGUCAGUAAUCGGAAGCAGUGGAUUUAGCCCUAGACAAACACACCAGUUCUCCCCACAGAUCUACCCAUCCAACAGAGCUUACCCACAUAUCCUGCCCACCCCUUCCUCACAAACGAUGGCCACAUAUGGGCAGACUUCAUUCCCCACAGGAAUGCAGCAAGCCACAGCAUAUGCUACAUACCCCCAACCAGGACAGCCCUAUGGAAUUCCUCCUUACGGUGCAUUGUGGGCAGGCAUCAAGACGGAAGGAGGAUUACCGCAAUCUCAGUCCCAAGGACAAGCAGGAUUUCAGAGUUAUGGUUCAAGCUUCAGUGCCCCUCAGCCAGGCCAAGCGCCUUACAGUUACCAAAUGCAAGGGAGCAGUUUCACCACAGCAUCAGUAAUCUAUGCAGGAAGCAAUUCACUCACAAAUUCAACAGGAUUUAAUAGCUCCCAGCAGGAAUAUCCUUCUUAUCCCAACUUUGGCCAAAGUCAAUAUGCACAGUAUUACAACAGUUCUCCAUAUCCGUCACAUUACAUGACAAGUAGCAACACAAGCCCCACUAUUCCCUCAACUACUGCAACGUACCAGCUGCAAGAGCCGUCAUCGGGUGUCACCAGUCAAGCGGUAACAGAUCCUUCCACAGAAUACAGCAUCAUUCAUAGUCCAUCAACACCUAUUAAAGAUUCAGAUUCUGAUCGAUUACGGCGUGUAUCAGAUGGAAAGUCACGCGGACGAGGACGAAGAAAUAAUAACCCAUCCCCUCCUCCAGACUCUGACCUUGAAAGAGUAUUUAUUUGGGAUUUGGAUGAGACAAUCAUUGUCUUCCACUCAUUAUUGACAGGAUCAUAUGCUAACCGAUAUGGAAGGGAUCCACCGACAUCUGUAUCACUUGGACUUCGCAUGGAGGAAAUGAUUUUCAACUUGGCAGAUACACAUUUGUUCUUCAAUGACCUAGAAGAAUGUGACCAAGUUCAUAUAGAUGAUGUAUCAUCAGAUGACAAUGGACAAGAUUUGAGCACAUAUAACUUUGGAACUGAUGGCUUUCCAGCAGCAGCAACCAGUGCAAACCUCUGCCUUGCAACGGGGGUCCGUGGUGGUGUAGACUGGAUGAGAAAACUGGCUUUUCGUUAUAGAAGAGUAAAAGAAAUCUACAACACCUAUAAAAAUAAUGUCGGAGGUUUACUUGGCCCAGCAAAGAGGGAAGCCUGGUUACAGCUAAGGGCCGAGAUUGAAGCUCUGACGGAUUCAUGGUUAACUCUUGCACUGAAAGCCCUUACAUUAAUUCACUCCAGGACUAAUUGUGUAAAUAUACUAGUCACAACUACUCAACUUAUACCAGCACUAGCAAAGGUUUUGCUGUAUGGAUUAGGAGUAGCCUUUCCAAUUGAAAAUAUCUAUAGUGCAACUAAAAUAGGUAAAGAAAGCUGCUUUGAAAGGAUAGUUCAAAGGUUUGGAAGAAAAGUAGUCUAUGUUGUAGUUGGAGAUGGUGUAGAGGAAGAGCAAGGAGCCAAAAAGCAUUCAAUGCCCUUCUGGAGAAUAACAAGCCACUCAGAUUUAAUGGCACUGCACCACGCAUUGGAACUUGAAUACUUGUAGCAGGAAAACAGCACUUUUUUUAUCCGAAUACAAAUAAACCCUGCUGAUGGGUUACAUGAAACAGAUGUUCCGGUGUCCCUGUGCAACAUUGCUGAAGUGGAAUUUCAACCGGAAGUGCUUAUCUUCUGUUUGAUACACUGCUGAUAAUUUAAGCAAUAGGACUUUAAGGGAAAAAAUAGCUAGUAAAUGAAAAUUAAGAAGAAAAAAUACACUAGCCUACGUUAUAGCUCCACAGACAAAACAAAGGGUUCCUACCUGUGAAGAAAAUGGAAAAUAAGACCUUGUGACUUCUUUAUAGGCUUCCUGAUUUCCACGUAAGGAAAGUUGACUGUGGAAUGGCAGGUUUUACUGCACAUUUAACAGCUAUGCUAAAGUCUCUUAGUAUAGUGCCCUAGUUUAUACGUCUUAUUUAUGGAUGGACACUUCAGCUUGAUGUACAGAGAUAUAGUAAAAUAAAGAUGGCACCAAAGACCUGUCUUUGUGACUCUGAAGCUACUUUGGUCAAAACGAGUCUAAGGCAGAUGUAGGCAAUCUAGGAUUUCCAGACAUUUGAAAGCUACAGAUCCCAGCCAAGGUUAGGGUAUUCUGCCUACAUCAGGUAAUCGACAGGUUGCCUACCUCUGGUCUAAAGUAUGUAUGCUGUAAUUUAAAAUAGAAAUAUGUACAUCACUGCGACAAUCAUGUACAGAAAGAUUUUUGUGUGUGUAAAUUUGUAAUAAUGGAUUCUUUUACAUGUUGUUUAGGUAAAUAUUAUUGAGAUAGCAAAGCCUCGGUAGAUCAGGUGUGCAGGGCGGCGUGUGUACAAACGGUUGUGCAGUGCCUUAUCAAAGUGUUAGCUAUAAAUAUGUAGAUAAAGGUGUUUUUUUUUAUAUAGUUGAAUUUGUUAAGACCAAACACACAGAUGUCAAGUGUCAAUUAUAUCUUUUUCUUUUUCUUUUUUUUGCUUAUUAAAUAAAUCAAAUGCACAUUCUCCAAACCAAACACUUCUCAUGCCUUUUAAAAGCAGUGCAAUUACCUUUUCAAUGAAGUAACUUAAAAUAUAAGAUGUAAUUAGAUGUAUCAGUUAUGUAGAUAUAUACCAGAACAACAUCAAUUUGAUAAUAUCUCUAAGGGCAGGCCUUAAAGAGUAACUGUCAUUUCAUAUUUUCCAUAAAUGAAUGGUACAAGUGGAUAUAAUAAACUUUGUAAUAUAUAUUAUCAGAGAAAUAUGCUCCUACUCCCCCUUCUUUUCACUAACUCGGAUUUCACUGCUCAGAUCAUCUUCAGUAUAGAUAGGUUGCCUGCUCACUGAAGGAUCAGAUUACAUAGGAGAAAAGGGGAAGGAGGAGUAGAGAGGGGCUGCUGGAAACAGAAAGUUUGCUCCUGUUUUUGUAAGUGAGUCUUAAUUCAUUGCUGAAUUCAUAUCUAAAAUGCUCAACAGUGCUAUGUAAUGUCCUCCGUUACUGCUGCAGCUUCCGAGGAUGUGCUAUACAGAAUUAGGAAGCAGGAUCCUUGUUUUCUCCAUGCAUAGUGUAUGGGCAGACAUGAUUCUAGCUAGUCUCCAUUCACUAACUCAGAAGAAAAUAGAAUUAUAGGUAGUUUGCAAAGGGAAAAACUGCUUACAAAUUCUAUAUACAAGUCAGAUAUAUACAAGUCAUGUACAUAUAUACGGCAGCUUAUUCUGAAAAAUUGUCUGAAAUGACAUUUACGCAAUGCAUGAAAUGCAGGACAUUCACCUUGGCUGAUGGCCUGAAAAGACCCACCUUUCCUGCUGCAUGGUACAUUUCUCCCAAAGCAGUCACAGUGUGGAUCAGGUGAUCGCUUUUGACCAAUCAGCAAGAAAAGAAUGUGCUCUAUUACAUGCCGUUGGCUCUCACUUGCCCCUCUAUCAAGUGGGAAUUUGGGGAGAGCUUAGCAUUAUUAGGGAAACUGGGCAGCUAAUUUAAAGAUAUCAGUCUUGUUGGCGGACUUCAAACAGAAAUAACCAAAAUAUAUUUGAAGUGCUUUUUUGAUUUGGAGGCAUAGUCAAUGCAGUGUUAAGGAAUUGCAUUAUUAGCAUACUCAUUUUCUCACAAGAAAACAAGGAGCACUACAAACCUGGAGCUGGAAAGCUGUGGGACAGUCACAUUUUCCACAACUUUGCUAUAGUGGACUGCUAUACAGACUGUCUAUGGUUUGGCGACCUCAUGUCAUUCCCUGCAGCUGCCCAUACUCUUAACAUCCUAUAGCUAUAUUGAACUAUUGAGUUCUACUCCCAUCAUCUUUUGUAACCAAUUCUCAAAAAUAAGUACAAUAGGCACGCUCUACAUACUUUAAGCAAAAAAACAAAAAACAAAAAAACACCUAAAAUCCAGUUUGGAAGGCUGUAUAAAUGUCUUUAUAUAAGGUUGAAAUUUCAUGAAUUUUCCUGAAUUCUGUUUACCUGCUUGAAAUCUACUUGCAAUCAAUUCACUACAUCUACAGACAUAAAUCCACCCAAACAAUGAACUCACACUGCUGCUAGAAUUAGCAACUUGUGGAUCUUAAAAAGACUUUGUAUCUAUUUCUUAAGGAAAAUACACAGGGAUUAUUUUGUUUUUGUUGUUUUUUUUACAUUUCAAGUAACAGUGAAUAGUUCAGCCGUAUUGUACAAAAUUAGCAUGUUGAACCCACAGAUAUGUACAGUUUUCUUUUCUCUUUCAAGUUUGUGUUAAAUUAAUAAAUUUAAUUUGUGAAAUAUUGAUUAAAUUGUGCCUAAUUUUAUUUUCACAUGUACCUAUUGUAAUUAAUAUUUUGUUAUUUUUGAUCCUAUAAAA